UGAGUCUUGAAUAGUAGAAGAGAAAGCAAUGCCGGACUUGAUAUCUGUUUCUGGCAACAGUAGAAACAACUCUUAGAAAAAUAAGACAGAAACUUCUGUUUGAAAUUCAUAUCUGAACAUGAACGACUCAAUGACGUUUGAAGAACAAACAAAACAAAUUGCGGAAGUAUUAUUUACUACUUCUUACUCAAGGAAGCAAUGUUCUUUCCAUCCUAGAAAAACGAUCAUUAUUGAAGACCUAGAACUGACAAGAUACAGGACCUGGACAAGUGUACCUGCAGACCCAGAAUUGAUAAGACACAGGACCCAGGCAAGUGAGCCAGCAGUUGAUUCUGCAAGCAGUUUUGAUCCAGUUGAUAUUGCCAUGUUACUGCGAUCCAUAAAAGAUCAGUACAACGCAGAGAUGGAGGACCAUGUACAGGCAGUUAUUUCAGAGGAAAGCGUAACAAAGAUAAAGAAAUUUGGAGAAGUAGCAGAAUCUCUCACCAGGAAUUGGAUCAGUCAAACUCCUGGUCUAGAGCCUAAAAGAGCUUCUCUAGCUGUUGCUGUGAAGUUGUUUGAAAAACUUAUAAAGAAAACUCAAGGAGAUAAGGGCCAGAUAAACAUAAUCACAGAAACAAUGAACAGAAAUCCUGAAGUGAGAAGCUAUAUUGAAAGGCAAGGUGGUUGGGGUAAUCUUGAAAGAGAUCUAAACAGCCUAUAGUUCCUUGGUUCCAAUAAUGAAAAGCCCUUCUGCUAUUUUGGAGGAAAUAGAGCUGGAAAGUUCUUUCAAAUUUGAAAUGGAACUGCAAAUGAAUUGCAAAGGCUAUAUACAAUUCUGUAAAGAAACAAAAUAAAUUUAAUUAAUCCAAAAAGAAAAUCAUAAUAGCUUGGUUGUCACUGCAAUUACCGGUAAAUUGUCAGUUAAGCAAUUGCAGCCAAACAAUUCCACACAAUACAUCAUACUAAUGCUUUAGUAGAUCAUCAAUUCCUUGGUCCUAGUUAUUAAUAUUAUCCUGUUUCAUCCGAAGGAAAUGUCUCUGUCUGGGAAGACUGGAGAAUUAGUUGCAUCUCAUUUUCCUGGCUUGUUAGUUGGUGUCAGUUCUCUAUAUGUAAACAUUUUCAGAAUAAAAUGUCUCAGGAAAAGAUGGUAAAGCAUAUUAUAAAGCUUGAACUAACCAUAUUGGCAUGUGAAGAAGAUAGUUACGAAUAUCUAAG